AUGGCUGCCCCAGUAGAAAAAAGUAAACGGAUUACUACUCCAUAUCUUACGAAAUAUGAGCGUGCUAGAGUUUUGGGUGCACGAGCUCUGCAACUAUCAAUGUCUGCUCCCGUUAUGGUCGAACUGGAUGGUGAACGAGAUCCUCUAAAAAUUGCUGAAAAGGAAUUAAGGGCUAACAAGAUACCUAUCAUUAUUCGACGCUUCCUUCCUGAUGGGAGUUUUGAAGACUGGAGUUUGGAUGAACUUAUUUUGACAGAAUAA